GCGAAGUGUGUGUGAGGAUUUAUAUGUGCUUGCGAAAGAAAGAGAAAACACAAAUAUUUGUUUGUAGUGCAUUUUAGGCUUCAAAUCAUCUCCUCUGUAUUUCGGUCUCGAGUUCAGGCCGGCUUUUGGCUUUCAUUACUCUCUCACUCCUUUUUCAUUUGGAAGCCACCAUCAAUGGAAAUCUUAUUUUGAUUUCAACCCAUAAAUCAGGUAUGAAUAUGUGGGAUAAGCUACCAAGAGAAGAUGGGUACCGAAACAGGAGAGAAAACCCAUCCUUCUCUUCAACUCUUCUUGAUGCCAUCUACCGUUCCAUUGAUGAAUCCAAUGGCAGUACUAAAGGAGAGGGAGAGCUGAUUUUGUACGGGAAGAAGCACGGCAGUAACCCUUCACUGAAAGAAGAUGAAAUGCAAAGUGCUUGCAUGGUCCAGAAAUGGAUGGAAAAGAAAGUUUGUUGUGAUAGACGACGAAAAUCCAUGGCGGAUUCUGAAAGGAUCUAUCGAAAUGAGUUUGAUGAUCCCAUGUUCACUUCCAGCUCUUCUGAUUCUAGCUGCGGUGGUAGGUUUUCUUCCUCAGAAUCAGAUUCCUUUUAUCGUGAAAAAUCAAGGUCAUGGUCAUCAUCAUCGCCAAGUCAUUACACUACUCAUAGCCAUAGCCAUAGCCAUAGCCAUAGCCAUAGCCAUAGCCAUAGCCAUAGCCAUAGCCAUAGGCCUAAGCCUAUUCGGACGAGCGUUGAAGACAGUUUCCAUGGCCAUGGCCGUGCAGCUGCUAGUGCUACACAAAAAAAGCCAAAGCAUGAAGGGGGUUUUGUAAGAACAAAAUCCAAGGCCUUGAAGAUUUACAGCGAUCUCAAAAAGGUUAAGCAUCCAAUAUCUCCAGGUGGUCGGUUUGCAGCCUUUCUUAACUCACUUUUCACUGCGGGGAAUGCAAAGAAGAAAAAUAUUACAUCGUCGGCAGGAGGAUACGAGGAAAGGAAGUCAAAAUCUGAGCAACCAACAUCGUCAACAUGUUCUUCAGCUUCCUCGUUUUCAAGAUCCUGUUUGAGUAAGACUCCAUCUUCAAGAGGCAACGGGACAAAAAGGUCAGUCAGGUUUUGUCUUGAUCAUGAGGAUUAUUCCAGGCCCUGUGGGCAUAAAAAUGAUCACCAUCAAAGUCAAGCAUCCAUAAGAAAACCAAUCGACAAAGAGCUAGAGUUGCGCAUCAUGGAAGAAAAUCGUCGAGUUGUGGAAGCUGCUAAGGAUCUUUUAAAGAAUUACCAGAAGAAAAAGGAAGAGUACGGCAAUAUUGAAGAGUAUAGUGAUGAUGAUGAGGAGGAGGAGGAGGAGGAAGACGCAGCUAGUUACGCAAGCUCCGAACUUUUCGAAUUGGAUAAUCUUUCAGCUAUAGGUAUUGAAAGGUAUCGGCAAGAGUUGCCUGUGUAUGAGACAACCCACCUCGAUACUAAUCGAGCCAUUGCAAAUAGUUUGAUUGUGUGAUCACCCCUAAAUGCAUGCAUACAGCAACAAAACUAUUAGUACUAGUUAACUAGCUAGUUUUAUUAAUUAAAUUAGUUAAAUGGUCUGGGGGGUUUACAACUAGAAGUAAUACAAAUUUCUGUUUUGGUAGAGCCGUACUGAAGUGAAUUUACCCUCUUUCUGUUGAUUUUAUAUGAUGGUUGCUUUAUUAUGCGUGAUUCAUUUUGGUUUCCUUAAACAAUGAGCAACCAUUGAUGAGCAGAAACAGAGAAAAAAGAAAGAGAAACGAUAUGAUGAUGAUUGUCUAAAAGAAAAAAAAAAUUAAAUAAAGUAAGUAGCAGCUAGCUAAGAUAGAAACAAGUGAUUGAAGAUUCUGAAACCGUGUUCACACGCAACGCAAACAAAUCAACAGGAGAGAGAGAGAGAGAGAGAAGAAGAUGAAGAUGAGGAGAAAAGCAAGGGCAGAUUUUCUACUCAAUUAUCAUCCAACUGAAGCCUUUUUCUUUUGCUUGCUGUCAAUAUGAGUGGGUCCUUCAUUGCUUCAACAUAACACCACUCUCCAACCAUACAUCCAUUUCGGUCUUAGUGAAAGAAA